AUGCGCAAUGGCAACAUGGAAUGCCCAAAGGGUAGGAGAGCGAUAUAAGGUGAGGAGAACGAAGUUACCGGCAUUAAAUGAGCUAGGACCGGAUAAACACUAACUCUUUGUACCGCGUCUCUACAACGGAGCUCUUUUUAAAAACAUUUAAAUAGCACUCGCUCGUUAGUUAUUGUUGACAUCCGGGUCGCACGUGUUGGAACUUUUUUAAUGGCCACUGACUGACAACUUUGUACGAUGUCGUCAUUAGUUCUAAUAUUCCAGUGUGAAGACACUACAGGCGUCCAUUGACAAUGGGAUCCCCCACCUUUGGAGAAGGCUCUUCGGGUCUGUACUUGUGUCUCAUUCGGUGGUGACGAACAAGAGAGUCUUCCUCGAGCUGCUCGGAUACUCGCUGGCUUUUCCUCAUGGAGUCUGUUGGCAACUUUGAGUUCAGCAGGAAAGACCUGAUUGGUCAUGGCGCCUUUGCGGUUGUGUUCAAGGGACGUCAUAAAGAGAAACACGAGUGGGAAGUAGCUGUGAAGUGCAUCAACAAGAAAAACCUGGCCAAAUCUCAAUCUCUACUUGGAAAAGAAAUAAAGAUAUUAAAGGAACUCAAACACGAAAAUAUAGUCAGUCUACUGGACUAUCAGGAAAUGGGAGGAUGUGUAUAUCUUGUCAUGGAGUACUGCAAUGGAGGUGACCUGGCUGAAUACCUUCAGUGCAAGAGGACGUUAAGUGAGGACACAAUCCGAGUGUUCUUUCAACAGAUUGCUCAGGCCAUGAAGGUUCUGCAAAGCAAGGGCAUCCUUCACAGAGACCUGAAACCCCAGAACAUCUUGCUUUGCCACCCAAAGGGAAGAAGAUCCAGUUCCAUCAACACCUGUGUGAAGAUUGCGGACUUUGGCUUUGCACGUCAUCUUCAGACAAACAUGAUGGCAGCAACACUGUGUGGCUCUCCCAUGUACAUGGCUCCUGAGGUCAUCAUGUCCCAGAAUUAUGAUGCCAAAGCUGAUCUGUGGAGCAUUGGUACCAUUAUCUACCAGUGUCUCACUGGAAAAGCCCCAUUUCACGCGAACACACCACAGGAACUCCGCCUCUUUUAUGAGUGUAACAGGACCCUUGUACCAAGCAUCCCCAAAGAAACUUCUAGUAACCUAAGGCAGCUGCUGUUGGGACUUCUUCAGAGAAACCACAAGGACCGGCUCAGCUUUGAUGAGUUCUUCCAUCAUUCUUUCUUGGAGACAAGCUCAGCCUCAAGGAAGUGCUCUCCAGCUCCAAUGUGCUUCUAUCCCAGUUCUGCUUCGGCCAGCUCCUCUAGCAGUUCUUCCACAUCCCAUUCAGCCUCCCCUCAACUUUCCAAUGGAGAGAGGCGUCCUCACCUUCAGACCAAGUUGACAAACUCUCCUGUUCAGAACACGGCUGGCUUCCGUUUGAAAGAAGUAUCCAAUCAAGACAGCAGGAAGUGUUCAUCUUACACAGAAGAAUAUGUCAUGGUACAUCCUGAGUCUCCCUGUGACUAUACAUGUGAGGAAGAAGUCGGGUCACCCCUUGAGACCUGCCUGCUGUACAGUGGCAGAAGUUCACUGGUUACUGAGAGAGUUAUCGGCGCUGUUGGCAAAACACCUCCUUCCUCUCCUGUGCUGGAUGGUUGUUCCAAGCUUUCUGGCAAGUCUGCUCUCUGUGUUGGCAGCCAUUCAGAGCCUAUUCCCGUGCCAACACAGAUCCAAAACUACCAGCGCAUGGAGCAGAACGUUCAACCUUCAGGAUCAAAUGGCUCCUCUGGGAUCCGGUUGUGCUAUGCUGGCUGCAGUAGAAGUUCCUCACCGCGUGGAGGAUAUGCAUCUCCUGAUUCAUUCACUGCCCCCUACUUCUCAAGGCCAACUAGUAGAGGAGCCCAGGCACAGCAGCACUCCCCACUUGUUGGAACUAUUCCAAAGGCAAUAGAGCAGACUCUACCUCUAAGCACAAGAACUGGAUGGCGCACAGGGUCACCUGACAAGAGGGACAGUACUUGUCAAAAGGACAAUUCAUGUCUACAUAGUCCGAGCCUGACACCUGCCUCCCACUCCAACUACGGCAGGAAACCCACCAACAAAAAAGGGCCAUUUAAAAGAUCACAGAGCAUUGGCCGACUGUCAGACAUGCUGCUUAAAGCUGCAUUUGGUGCUCAACUUCUUGAACGAAGAAGUAAUGAAAGCCUCUGGUGUGAAAAACGCAUGGACACUGCAGCUCCACCUACUGGCUGUUCGACCAGACUUCCUUCAUCAGAAAGGCCACUAACUCCUGUUUUCAGCAUUGGUUCCCCGGCCAGUGGAACCACUCCUCCUGAUAUUGUGCUACAAAGGAUGUUAACAGGCUCCCCCAACAGUUUUAGCACCGCCUGGCUACUCAAUGCUCACCCUGGCCUUCAAAGAAGUCGUCGAAACAGUGACACUGAAUCCAUGGAUGCUACACUACAGAGUAGUCUGGUCUUUUAUCCUCCCGAGCUCCCGGAAGACACACUAAUGGAGCAGGCCCAUACAGAUGCUCUGAGUGAACUUCAGUUCACAUUGGCUUUUGUACACUGCAUCAUGGAGUUGGCUUCUUCCAAAGACCCGGUGCUGGAUCCCGUCAGCUGCCCUGAAGUUUCGUUUUUAGAACACAGUUUGCUAACGGAUCAGAUUAGCCUCUUAAGUCGAGAAUGGAGCUACGCAGAACAACUAGUGUUGUACAUGAAGUCGGUAGAGUGUUUGUCGGCAGCUCUGCACAAUUCAAAAGAACAUAUCCAGCAAUGUCGACUGCUCCCUUCCUCUGCAGUCAAGCAAGUGAUUAAGAAGCUGAAUGAGUUGUACAAGAGCUGUGUUACAUGCUGUCGCUCCCUCAGCGAUCGGCUGCAGAGUUUCCUUUUGGACAAGCAGAAGCUUAUGGAUCGCUUUAAUGGACUCACAGCAGAGAAGCUCAUCUAUUGCCACUCUGUGCAGAUGGUACAGUCUGCGGCUUUAGAUGAGAUGUUCCACUGUGGUACGGAAGUAGUACAGCGCUACCAUAAAGCUCUCCUGCUGAUGGAGGGUCUGUCUCGAUUCAUCACAGAACGAAAGGACAUUGACAAUAUAGAAAAAUACAAGCAGUGUAUUGAGCGACAUCUCUCUGACCUGCAAACCUGACAGUGCCAAAGAGCCAUACUACUGCCUCCUAAAGAAAAUGUUCCUCAUUCCUCCUCUACUUCCUUGCAAUGAUAUACUUUAAGAAUAGAAGGUAUAUGCUCCAAGACUAUCGAUAUACACCAGCACUUUUAUAUUUCUCAAGGGAAUAAACAUUGGAGCGCCUCGUCCGAGAACAUAGUCCAUCCAGCGCACGGUCAAAAAUCCUGACAUGCACAAGGAAGACUGGACAUGGGCAUGAUUUUGAAGUGAGUUUUUUUGACUUGACAGAUGUUUUGAUCUGCGCUUGUUUUUGUUACGAAAGUUCGUUGUGUUUCUGUUUUGCAGAUAUAAUAGUUCAAAACAUAGUUGAUACUUGAAACAAGAGUUAUUACACAAAUGUCAACCGACAUAUCAAAAGAUGCUGAAUAUGACCAAUUAUUGUGAUUGUGUAGCCAUAUUAGUGCCUUGUAUUUUUUCUAGAUUGGAUUCACACUUUAUGAAUGAAUAUAUUGAGGACAGUUUUAAUGACAUGUAUAUUAAAUAAUGACCCAACUGAUGUUAUUUAUUGCACGACACAUGUUUUUUAUGUAUGCGUGUGUGUGUACUGUGUACAUUGCUUUCUUUUGACCUUACUGUGCUAAGCUUUGUGUGCGUGUGCGGGCUAUAAAAGUUGAUGUAUAAUUUGUGGGUAGCAUUUUUCUUCAAGCCAUCAAUUUGCAUUUUCUACAGGUUUUGUGAUGGCCAGUGUUACUUAAGGCAUGUUGUUGGAGCAGGUUCAUCACAUUGUAAUGAAAAUAAAUAUUUAUUAUUGAAACCA